UCCAGGACAGGGGAAUCUUUAGUGAACUCUACGUGAAACACAGCGAUGGGGCUCUGACGCAACAAGAAGUGAGAAGAGAAAGAAACGAAGCAAGAAGCGAGCCCAGGCAAUCAACAGGCAGGCGGCUUCCGGACAAAACUGGGCCUUUUUUUUUGGAUGUCAUCCACGGAGUAUGCAGGUCGGACGGGAUGGACGCAGCCGAGGGUAGACGCAGACAAGUGUACAACAGUUACAAUGCAAAGGGUUGCGCGGGGAGGGUGGGCUGGGAGAAGAAGGGACACUCGGCUCUUCGGUUGGACUAAGCGUAUGGGGCCUUGGCAUGAGAUAUUCGGUUGAAAUACAGUUACUUUUCGAGGGCAGCAGCAGUCUCGACCUGGACCUUCUCGAUGGGGACCUCGGGAACCUCGACGCCCUCGGGGGCCGGGGCGGUGGCGUAGAAGAACGUAAGGCCCUUCUGCUGGACACCCGAGUAGAUGGAUGCAACGGUCUCCUGGACAGAGGUUUCCGAGACGGAGCCAAGGGCGCUGCGGGCCGAGGUGAUGGCCUGGUUGAGGAUCGAGGUGGCGCCAAGGGAGGAGGCGACGGAGCCACCGAGCUCGCGGGCCUGGCCCACAAUCUCACCGGCCUUCUGGCGGGCCGCCGAAGUGGUGUUGACGGCGGUCUGGACGGCGCCGGGGACGUAGUUGAGCAGGCCCGAGGCGUUGAUCAGGGCAUUGCCGGUAAGGGACAGCUGGCCGACGGUCGAUCGCAGGGAGCCCUCGUUGUACCACUUGCCGACAACAGGGACGUUAGACAUGUAGUCCUGGGCAACGUGGAGCUCGGAGUGGUCAGUGAUGCGGAUCAGGCCGGUCUCAUCGGGCUUGAGCUGGAGCUUGAUGAUCUGGUGGAUCUUGAUGGGCACCAGACCGCCGAGGGCCUUGGGGACCAGAACCUGGUCGAGAUCGAUGACGGCGGUGCUGUCGCCCUCCUCGUAGGUGACGCUAUUGACCUGGGCGGUGAGCUCGGUGCAGCUCAGGGCGAGCUGCUCGUAGCUCUUCAUGAUCUCGGCCUUGUUGGCGAGUUUCAGGUAGGGGUUCUGCAGCUUGCAGUUGUCGUCGUAAAGCAGGUCGAUGCUCUCCUGCUGGUUGGGGAUGUUGGUCGAGAUGAUAUCGCGGGCAAAGGCAGCGAUGAGCUGGGUUUCGACACGAUCGUGUUCCAUGGUGGCUGAUGGGGGAGCAGAAAAGCGCAGGAGAGGCGGGCUGGGGCAGAUCGAGACGAAGACGAAGACGGAGGCCAA